AAGCGCAACCCGAUCUUUACACCAAACAAAAGCUCUCGGAAGUGUCGCGUGUGUUUUUUAAUUCGGGAAAGAGAAACUGAUGAUCAAGUUUGAAAAUGUUACCGAACAAAGCGCUGGCUGAAGAACGAUAUAAACCGCGCGAAUAUAACGUUACUCGGAUUGAUUAGCUCUGACGGCGCGAUUCUUUAUCUGUCUGUAUAUGAGAUUAAUACUGUGAUUUCUGUGUGUUAUUGUGCGGCUGCUGAUGAGAAGAUCAGGUUUAAACUUUCUCUGUUUUAGUCUCAGUUUAGUGUCCCAGCAGUGCUGUAGGUUUGGACUGGUUCUGUCAGAGAUCUGUUGUUGAUCAUUAUCUGACGGGACAGUCUCAUCAGGAUGACUGUGGCAGUGUUUUUUGGAUGUGCUUUCAUCGCUUUCGGUCCAGCUUUCUCUCUGUUUGUGUUCACCAUCGCCAGAGACCCGUUAAGAGUCAUCAUUCUGAUCGCAGGGGCCUUCUUCUGGCUGCUGUCUCUGCUCCUGUCCUCUCUGGUGUGGUUCAUCUCCAUCAAGGCCAGUAACUCGCAGGAUCUCAGGCUUCAGAGGGACCUGCUGAUUUUUGGGGUCUUCUUCUCGGUCCUGCUCCAGGAAGUGUUUCGCUUCGCCUACUACAGACUGCUCAGGAAGGCCACCGAGGGUCUGGCAGCCAUCAGUGAUGAGGACACGUCAGCUAUUUCUGUGCGACAGAUGGCUUACGUGGCCGGGCUGGGUUUUGGGAUCAUGAGUGGUGCGUUCUCGAUGAUCAACGUCCUGUCUGACUCUCUGGGGCCCGGGACGGUCGGCAUCUUCGGAGACUCACAGUAUUACUUCAUUACAGCAGCGCUGAUGACGCUGGCGCUGACGCUGCUGCACACGUUUUGGGGUGUGCUGUUCUUCGAGGGCUGUGAGAAGAGCCGCUGGUGGGUCAUCGCUGCCGUCGUCUCCCUACACUUGUUAGUCGCUGGCCUGUCGCUGCUGAAUCCGCUGUAUGAGGGCAGUCUGCCUCCUGUGUACGUCAUUACGCUGCUGAUGGGCGUCUGGGCGUUCUUCUCCUCUGGAGGAUCACUACACAGCCUCAGUGCUGUCUGCACACGCAGGAAAGCGGAGGGGGAAUCGUCCUAAGAUGGUUUUGGUCAUGCCUAGUGAGAUCUAGGACGACAGAUGGACUGAGUCUGCAGCUGGAGUGAAUGAAGAGCCCGAUCACCAGCUCAAACCCUGAGGGGAUCCAGACACGUCCCGUCCAGCAUCAGCCAUCUCCACGGGGCCGACGGCCAUCAGACUCACAGAAACACUGUAAAUAGCUUGAUCUGAAUGCAAAUCAAUAAGACAGAUCUCUAAUAUUAUUGUGUUUUAAAAGCAUCAUUGUCCAGCUCUUCUUGUGAAUGUUUGUAGUUUUGACUUGUAUUUGCUGAGGUCCUGUAUGUUCUGAAUCAAACAGAGCAUCAGUUUCACCCUCUUUUACUCAUCUUCUCAUUAUUACUGCACUCAUACAUGUGUGAAGUCCAGAGCAUUUCCAUUCACUGCCUUUAAAACCCUGAAGAGUUUUCAUAAUAGCUUUGUACAUUUUAAAACACAUUAUAUGUUUUGUGGAAGGAUAACUUUUUACUUUUUCAAACAACAAAUGUCUUAACCAUUUCUGUGUAAUUAUGCAGGACAGAUUGAUGCCUGGUGAUCGUUUUCAUCAGUAUAGUCAUUAGACAUCUGUAGAGAACAGGAAUCACAAAGCAAUUGAAAAACUAAAAUUUCAAUGUUUUUCUGACAAUUGAAUGCAAUCUUUCCAUAUCUAACAGAAUCUUCUGUCCGUGUUCAUAUGUGACCCUGGAGCACAAAUGCAGUCAUAAUUUACAUAUAUUUUUAUGGUAUAUUUGUAGCAAUAGCCAACAAUACAUUGUAUGGGUCAAAAUUAUCAAUUUUUCUUUAAUGCUAAAAAUUAUUAGCAUAUUUAGAUUGUUCAGUGAAAAUAUUUUGUAAAUUUCCUACCGUAAAUAUAUCAGAACUUAAUUUUUUAUUAGUAAUAUGAUAGCUAAGAUCUUCAUUUAAACAACUUUAAAGAUGAUUUUCUCAAUAUUUAGAUUUUUUGCGCUCUCAGAUUCCAGAUUUUCUAAUAGUUGCAUCUCAGACAAAUAUUGUCCUCCGAACAAACCAGACAUCAAUGGAAAGCUUAUUUAUUCAUGAUGUAUAAAUCUCAAUUGUAAUAAGCGGACCCUCAUGACUGGUUUUGUGGUUCUGGGUCACACAUGUGCUUCAGACGUGUUAUCGGACACUUACUCUGCGCUGCUGAAUGUAGAUCCACACUUGUCUUCUCAUCAGUGAGUCACACUAACAUAGCUUUAAUUGCUAACCCAGCACACUAACAUCACUGCAUUUACUCACACAUGAGCGUUUUCCAGUCUGAUAUCCUGAAAGCUCAUCCAGCACACGCUCAUUACGGUACAUCACAGACCGCAGUGAAGUUGGGAGAGGUUUCUGGUCUACAUUACAUACAGAUGGAGCUCUCGGCCUGUUCUGUAUAUUGGACACAAUAACUCGGUGCUUUCCUGUAUUUCAAGUACAAAAUGACUUCUUGUAAUAAUGAAACAUUUUAAUGCCGCUUUAUAAAGUUUCUAAGAAUAUGAUGUGCCAAACAGAGAAUCAGAUUACUGUUCAUAUGCAAAAUUGAUUUGACAAAAAUAUAAAACAAACCCUGGUAAUCAUUUCA